AUGUCUAAAACGAUGUUUUGUUCAGAUGACUCCACGACCAAGGAAGUUGACUUGAAGCGAUCAGUAUUGACGGACUUGGAGACUGUCAGUAACGACAUUUCAAAAUUGGACUCGGACAUUACUGGUUGGGACGGGUCUCUGCUUACAGCCCUCCCACUACUGAGUGAUGUCAGCACACUUGAAUCUGACAUAAAGACCGCUACAACCGACACGGAAGCUUCAUCUGCAUUUGAUGACAGUGACAGCGCAAGCGUCACGAGCGAAGUAGAGUCUUUGCAAACUCUCAUUGCCACCACUCUCAGUGAUCUGGUCGACAAGGAGUCCGAGGUUGCGGCCAUUGGGUUCACAAGCACCGUGCAGUCUAACCUGAAGACCCUGGAGAGCCUCGCUAAUGAUCUCCUAAUCGCUCUGGAGGCAAAGGUUACUUCAACCGACGCAACUACCGUCAAGACUGCCGCAACAGGUAUUGACUCAUCCUUUGCCAGUGCUAUCUCUGCAUAUUAG